UUGGGGCCAAUAAUUCAAAGGAUAACAAUUGUAGCUUUUCAAGCCAAAGCAAGGAGUUUUUGGUGCAAGCAAGAUCCUUCAAGUUGUCUGCAGAGGUAAACAGAAGCAGGAGUCAGAUCAGCACCUAAUUUGUGUCUAACUGUGACAUCUCAAGUGUUGAGGCAGAGACAGCCACGGAGAGUUCACUGCGUGUUGCGAGAAUUCAUAACAACUGCAAAAAGUUCACUGAGGAAGGAACAGUUGCAACUCUCAGAUACUACCUGACCUGCUGAGUAUUUCCAGAAUAAAUUGAUGCGGAUUGUGCUUAAGCAUUUUGGGACAUUCUGCGUAAAUGAGUGAUGACUUGUGGCUCAUAAGAUCAAACUUCAACAACUACAACCAUUUUCCUUUAUUGUGCAGCUCAAUCUGCUGUUGAAGGAUGAAGGCUCCCAUUACUCUGAUUAUUUCUUUGCUGAGUUCUGUCAGUUCAUCGAAAAGAAUUCAUUUUAAAAAGCAGAUGGCCCCAUCUUCAUGUGUGCGAUGUUGUGGGCCAUUGGAGAAGUCUGCUUAUCCAUAUGGAUUAUCACAAACUCAUGGUGUUGCAGGUGACCACCAUACCUACCCCUUGCCGGAAAUCAAACCAAAGAUAGACAUUACAAUACUGAAAGGCUCGAAAGGUGAGCAAGGAGAGAGGGGAUUGUCAGGAAAAACAGGCAAAGAAGGACCCAAAGGUUCUGUAGGUGUUAUUGGUCCCAAAGGGAACAAAGGUCAGCCAGGAAUUCCAGGGAACAGCUGCAAACAGUAUUAUGCAGCAUUCUCGGUCGGCCGAAGAAAGUGGAUGGAAAGUGAAGAGCUCCAGGCACAGCUGAUCUUUGACACUGAGUUUGUGAACCUCUACCAGCACUUCAGCAUGUUUACAGGGCGCUUCUACUGCUACGUCCCGGGUAUCUACUUCUUCAACCUCAAUGUGCACACCUGGAACUUCAAGGAGACUUACCUCCACCUGAUGCACAACUCUGAGGAGGUGGUGAUCCUGUACGCCCAGCCUAGUGACCGCAGCAUCAUGCAGAGUCAGAGUGUCAUGCUCGAGCUGUGGCUGAAAGAUGAGGUGUGGGUCAGGCUGUACCAAAACAACAGGGAAAGCGCUGUUUACAGCGACGAGACUGACGUGUACAUCACAUUCAAUGGCUAUUUAAUCAAGCCAGCAGAGUCUGAAUAGGAAGAGGAGGCUGCUGAGCCCCUCGGAUCAUUUUCACCAUUCAAAUUAGAUUAUGGCUAAAUAGGGUAAAGUUAUGAGGACAGGUUGCAUGAAUUUAGCUUGUAUCGCUCAGCAUUGAUGAUCUUCUGAGGUGUUUAAGAGGAUAAGGGGAGCUCUAGGGGCUCUUAUUCCCUGUUUCCCACAAAUUCAAUAUAAAUAAAACAGUUAAGGAGAAAACACACAAAGCGCUGGAGGUUUUCAGUGGGCCAGGCAGCCUCUCUGGAGUGAAGUGGACAGUCAACAUUUCGACUCAUCCAGAUGAAGAGUCUUGACCCGAAACAGUGACUGUCCAUUUCCCUCCAUAGACGCUCCCUGACCUGCUGAGAUCCUCCAGCGCUAUGUGUUGCUCCAGAUUCCAGCAUCUGCAGUCUCUUGUGUCUCCAUUUAAGAAGAAAACCAUGGCACUAAAGAGAGACGACUCCCGAGGACCAGGUAUCUCCUACCCCUGUGUCUUAGAAGAAAUAGGUGCCCUAACUAUAAUCUUACAAAGGCUUCUUGCUCUAGGAAUCAUUCCCUUACAUUGGAAAAUUGUGCUUGUCACUCUGUUAUUUAAAAAAGAUGGGAAAAUGAAACCAGUGAAUUAUAGAACAAUUAGCCUAACAUCAAUCAUUGGUAAAUUACUAUUCCAUAAUUAAGGAAAAGAGUACUAAGAACAGAGUGACCAAACACUCGGAAUGAUUAUAGCUGAUUAAAGAGAGCCAGCAUGGAUUUGUAAAAAGUAAGUCAUGUCUGAAGAACCUGAUUGGUUAUUUUGGAACAAUGAUUAAUGUAGUGCCCAGGGGAAUGUCUCUGGAUAUUAUUUUUAUAGACUUCCAGAAGGGAUUUGAUGAAAUCCUUCAAAAGACAUUGUCAGUUAAAAAUGAAAUUAUUCAGCUGGUUAAGAAUUUGAUGUACAGCUGGGGAUGGGUAGUAACAGGCAGUCAAAUUGGCAGAAUGUCAUUAAGAUGUCCUGCAAGGAACUUUGUUGGUGCUGCAAAUGCCAGAACUAGUCACUAUCCUUAUAAGAUGGGAUAGAAAGUCACAAACCCGUGUUUACUGAUGACAUGAUAUUAUAAGUAUUAAAACUGAAGAGAGAUAUAAAUAAUUAAAGCAAAGGGCAAAACUGUGGCAAAUGGACACCUAUGCAGAUAAAAGGAGAAAAAGAACAGAGUAUAUUCUUAAUUUUGAAAAAGCUAGAAGCAGUAGAGGUCCAUAGAGACUCAAGAUCCACUCACAAAGAUCAUUAAAAUAUCAUGGACAAGUAUAGAAAAUAAUGAAAAAGGUUAAUGGAAUGCUGAUCUUUUAUCUAGAGGACUGAAUUUUAAGAAGGUGGAAAUUAUGUUACACAUAUAUUUGAAAUAAAGGUUAGACUACAUCUGUGCAAUUCUGACACCACACCUUAGGGAAGAUGUACUGACCCUGGAAGAGUUGCUGUGUGGGUUUAUCACAAUCAUACCUGAAUCCAAUCACAAGGAGGGAUUGUACAAAUAAGUGUUGUAGUCCUCGAUUAAUUGUGAUUUGAUUGAACCUUUAAAGAUAUUUUGGAGAACUGAUCGGAUAAGUGGAGAGAAACCAUUUCCACUCAUCGAGGAUACAAGGAUAUAAAGGCAUGGUCUAAAAACUAAAGUCCAAUCUAUCAGGAGUGCCUCAAUCAGGAAACAGGCCUCAAUGCAAAAAAUGCUUGAAGCUUAGAGUUUAAACUUUGGAACUCUCUUCUGAUGGAUUAAUUGUCAAUGUUUAAUUCGAGUUAGACUUUCGUUAACUAAAGUUAUAGAUCACCUCAUUGAAUGGUGAAAUAUGAUCAAGGGGCUAAAUAGCUUACUCCUUAUAUUCCUGUAUUCUUGUGCAAGGGUGUAGAACAGGGGAGCAUAACCUUAAAAUAGAGCUAGGACAUUGAGAGGGUGGUGUCACAACGUGCUUCUUAAUACAAUUUAGAAAUUUAGAGUCAGGUCUCUCAAAAAGCUGUUAAGGUUAAUAAAACUGUCAAAGCUGAACCUGAUAGAUUUUUAUUUGAGAACUGUACAAAUGGCAAUGGAACUAGGCAGGUAGAUGUGGUGAAGAUGCAUAUUAGUCAUGCUCUAAUUGAAUGGCAGAAUAGGCUUGAGGGGCUGACUGGCUGUGUCCUGUUCCAAUGUUCCUAUGAUUUAUAUACAAGCACCCUUGUUCACCUUAGAUCCAUAUUUGUUGAAGCCAUCCUCCAAGUAAAGUCCAUUGAUUGUAAUUUCACUUUGCCCUGGGCAUCUGCUACCUAAUGGGGGGAGGAAACUGAGACACAAGAAAUUCUGCAGAUGCUGGAAUCAGAGCAAUACACAGAAAGUGCUGGAGGAACUCAACAGGUCAGGCAGCAUCCAUGGAAGGAAACAAACCGUCGACGUUUCAGGCCGAGACCCUUCAUCAGGACUGGAAAGGAAGAGGGCAGAAGCCAGCAUAAGAAGGUGGGGGGAGGGGGGAGGAAUACAUGCAGGCAGGGGAUAGGUGAGUUCAAGUCUGGGUGAGCACGUGGUCGAAGAGCUGGAGAGAAGCAGUGAUCACAGAGGGGGAGCAGUGAGAGAGGGUCUCACAGAACUCUUGUCGAAGAGAGGAGAAAAAGAGAGGUAGGCAUCCCUGGAAGAGACUUCACAGUGGAGCAGCAAGAUGGAGACACAAGAAAUUCAAAUUAACUUCCCUAAAACUUCUUGCACGAAAGGAGUUCUAUCUGAUUUGAAGUCGGAAAAGCCUGGCUCUUAUUUUAAUAUCAAAGCUCACUAUAUUUGGGCACUUCACAUAAUCUGAGCUUAGGAGAAAGAUUGUUGAUCAUGAACAUUAAACUUUUUUUCACUUUCCCCAGUUGCUGCCAGGCCUGCUGUUUUUAUUUCAUUUUUCAAGAAUGCUUUAAUUUUAGCUCAUUCAUUUCUCCUUUCUUGGUUUGUUCUGUGCUAUCAAUAUAUCUUAAGAAUAUGAGUACAGAAAAAAAUUAUGAGAAAAGGACUAAGUCUGAAUAAUAAACGUGAACUGCAGCAGCUCAUCGCCACUGUUGUAAAGGCAAUUAGCAGAGGGCAAUAAAUGCUGACAUCACUGGUGCUGCCCACAUCUCAUGCAUAAAUAUAAAGUUUUGCCUUCCCCACCUCGAGGUAAAACUAGUGUUGGAUACAUUGAUAAUAACAUGUUGCAACUAGUUAAUUCCUUUUAUUGGGCAAAUUUUUCCCAAGGUGCUUCACUUCAGUGUUAUCAGGUAGAAUAUGGCACUGAGCUACAUAUAGAGGUAUCAGGGCAGUUGACAGGCUUGUCAAGGAGACAGAUAUGAAGAAAUUAUAUAAGGAAGAAAGGAGAAGUAACAAGGUUUAACUAAGGGAAUUUCAGCAUUUAGUAUCUAGACAGUUGAAAGCAUAGUUACCAAUGUUGGAGUAAUGGAAAUAGAGGAAGUGCAAGAGGCCAGAAUUGGAGGUGGGCGGAGGCGUCAGUGAAAGGGCUGCAGGAGGAUACAGAGAUAGAGAAAAGGAAGGCCUUGGAGGGAUUUAAAAACAAAGGAUGAAGUCUUUAAAAUUGAAAGUUCACUGGACCAGAAGUCAAUGAAGGUCAACAAGUGCAAGCGUGAUGGAUGAAUGGGAGCUGGUCUGGGUAUGGCUACUGGCAGCAGAGCUAUGGAUAAACUUGAGCUGGGUUCCAAUAGCUGACAUCAAUUAAUAUAGCAUUGUCACUGAACAGUUAAAUAUAAUUGGAAAAUUAUACAUUUAUACAGGUGCUCAUUAAAGUUAAGGAUCAGUCUGUUCUCAUUAUCUCUUCUGAAGCAUAUUUAUACUUUUGUAUUCAUGUUAUAUU